AUGGCGUCCCAAUCACCUACAGGUAUGUAUUUAACUAUAGAUGUUCAUUACAGUGGAGUAUUUUCCCGAAAUCCAUUGAAAUACUUAGACCUCGAAAAGAUAACAGUGCGUGAUGUCGAUUUUGGAGGGUUUUCCUACAAAGAGUUUCUUUUGUGGCUUAGGAAUUUAACAAAUGGAAGUUGUGAUAAUGUGUACUACUGUAGUAGAAAGGAAACCUUAGGUGAGGGUAUUAUAAGAAUUGAGAGUGAUGCUGAUUAUUGGGAGUUUGUUGAAGCUACUUAUACUCCUGAAGCUGAGUUGGAUGUCUACAUUGACCAACAAAAUGAUCCAAUCCUUGAUUGGGCUGAAAAUGAGGUGUUACCAGAUGGUAAUGGGUAUGAUAGUGAAGAAGAGGAUGAGAAUGUAGAAGAGGAUGAGAAUGUAGAAGAGGAUGAUAGUGAAGAAGAUGAUAACUUGGAUGGUAUUAUGGCAUAUGAGCAUGAAGAGGAUGAAGAAGUCCAUACCUUUAACAAAACUGUUGGUGAUGAUUUUUUAAACAAACUUUCAGGUAAGCUUAGUGAUGAUGAUGAACCUAAUGAUGGAAAAGAUGAGAAGGUUGUAUUCCCUGUCCAUGAUGAGAACCAAGCAUGGGAUAAGAUGAUGCCAAUUCUAGGUAUUUGCAGAGGUCAGUUGCUUGCUGCAGUAGGCAGGGAUGCAAACAACCAUAUCUACCCUCUUGCUUGGGCUGUGGUUGUAGUUGAGAGUAAGGAAACAUGGAAGUGGUUUGUUGACCUUCUCCUUGAUGACAUUGGAAUGGGAAAUGGACAUGGGUUGACAUUAAUAUCAGACCAGCAUAAAGGAUUACUUGAGGCUGUCAAGGAAAGGGUACCUGCAGCAGAGCAUAGACAAUGUGCAAGACACAUAUGUGCUAAUUUCAUGAAAAAAUUCAAGGGUCAACAGUUUAGUACACUUUUCUGGAGAGCUGCUGCUUCUACUACCCAGGCUAAAUUUGAGCAACAUAUGAAUGAAAUCAAGAAGAUAGAACCACUAGCAUAUGAUCAUCUAAUGGAGAAGGACCCUAAAACUUGGAGUAAAGCAUUCUUUCAAACUGAUAGGGCAUGUGAUGCAUAUGAAAAUGGUGUUUCUGAGAGUUUUAACUCAAUCAUUGCAGCUGCCAGGAAGAGACCUCUAAUCACUAUGUUAGAGGAAAUUAGAAUUUAUGUGAGGGAGAGACUGUGUAUACAAAAAAGUAAGGGAAGUUCUUGGGGAGACUUAAACAUAUGUCCUACCAUCAGACUGAAAUUGUCCAAGAUUAAGACACUUCAAAGGGAUCCAGAGGACUAUGUAUCACCAUGGUUGACCACAACAAUGUUUUGUAAUGCCUACUUGUACACCAUUAAGCCACUAAAUGGUAGUGAUAUGUGGCCUGAUGUGGAUUACAUCAAGCCAUUGCCUCCCAAAAUGAGAAGAAUGCCAGGAAGACCAUCAACAAAAAGGAAAAGGGAUCAGAUUGAGAAUGAACUAAAGGGUAAUAAGCAUACAGUCUCAAAAAGGGGAAUUGCUAUGAGAUGCAGCAUAUGCAGAGAAUCAGGGCAUAAUAAAGCAAAAUGUCCUCAAAAACCAAGUGGGGAAUCCUCAAAUCCAAAGUCAAAGUCAAAAUAUAAAAAAGCUAACAAAAAAGGUAAAGUGAAGGUUGAAUUGAAUCAAGAAAUUGAUUUGGAAAGUGAUAGUGACAGUGAAGUUCAAAGGGAGCCUGAUAGUGAGGUGGAGUCUUAUGAAGUUGAUUAUGAAGAGGGUAAUCAUACAUAUGAAGAUGUAGACCAACUUGAGGUUGAAGCUGAAGAAAAGGUUGAAGUUGGAGGGGUUGAAGAACAGGUUGAAGUUGAAGAACAUGUUGAAGCACUUGUUGAAGUUGAAGUUGAAGAAGGUGAAUACCAGGCUGGAGAUGUAGAUCAAGUUGAACAGGUUGAAGUUGAAGUAAUUCAAGAUCCAGUUGGACAAGAUGACCAAGGACAGGCUGCAGUCCAAGAUCCAGUGGAAGAGGAGCAUAUGAUGGAAGUACCAGCAUUUCAGGUUCUACAGGGAAAGAGAAGAAGGAAACCUUCAGGAAGAAUCACAAAAAUUCAAAUAAGAAAGAAGUGGGAGGGAAAAGAGGGGAGUAGUUGUGAUAAACCAAUGGAAUUGGAUUAG